AUGAUGGAUGAAUUGAAGAUCCUUAGAAAGAUGAUGAAAAACGAGGAGAAGAAGAUGAGGCAACGAGUGGCUGCUCGAGCCCGAAAGGCUCGCUACUGGGAAUUCCUUGCACGGGCGCUCAUGACUAUUGCCCUUAUUUGGACUAUAAUCAUUCAGUUGCUGCACUUUUCCCGCCAGCCCUCAACCAUUGCAAGAUACAUGAAUGCCACUCUUGUGAUUCCUCAGCUGGAUACCAAAUCUUUCUGGAAAGAUCAAAGUCAAUUCGAGGAUAUAUUCGACAUCGAUCAUUUCAUAAACACCUUGAGGGAUGAGGUCAAAAUUGUAAAACAACUUCCACCAGAAAUGAAGAAGAUGGUGGAAAUGAAAAGACAUAUUUCCAUGCAACCUGCUAGCUGGUCCAACAUAUCAUACUACACUGACCAGGUUCUUAAUGGAGGCCUCAAGAAGUACAAGGUUCUGCAUUUUCAGAAAACCGACUCAAGGCUAGCAAACAAUGGACCUUUGGAGGUUCAAAAGGUUCGUUGCAAGGCGAAUUAUGAAGCCCUGAAGUUUACGGCUCCAAUCGAGAAAAUGGGGAAAAAAAUCGUGAAAAUGAUGAGACAGAAGGGUAAAUUCAUAGUCCUUCAUCUUAGGUACGAAAAGGAUAUGCUUGCCUUUUCAGGUUGUAAUCAGGGCUGUACUAAUAAAGAAGCAAAGGAACUGGAAGUACUGAGAUAUUCAAUUCCAUGGUGGAGGGAGAAGAAAAUAAAUUCGACCUCAAGAAGAUUAGCUGGUUCAUGUCCAUUGACCCCUGAGGAAACUGCAUUGACCCUUCAAGCAUUGGGCAUUGACCAGGAAAUGCAGAUUUAUAUUGCUGCAGGAGAUAUAUAUGGAGGAGAAAAGAGAUUGGCACCGUUGAGAGCAGCAUACCCAAAUUUGGUCAAGAAGGAGACAUUGUUGACACCCUAUGAGCUUUUACCUUUCAAGAAGCAUGCAUCCCAAAUGGCUGCAUUGGACUACAUAGUGUCACUUGAGAGUGACAUAUUUUUCCCUACUUAUGGAGGUAAUAUGGCAAGACUAGUCGAAGGGCAUAGAAGGUACCUAGGAUUCAGGCCCACCAUACAACCUGAUCAGAAGGCAUUGGUUCAUCUAAUAGACAGAUAUGAGAAAAAUAAGAACUGGCAUGAGUUCGAGAAGGGAGUGAAGAGAGCUCAUAAAGGUCGAUAUGGUAAUUCUGCAAAAAGAAGAGUCAUACCUGGAAAGCCCAAAGACGAGGACUUUUUUUGGUCUAACCCUGAAGAGUGCUUAGGACAAAUAUAACAAAAAAAAAAUCAGAAUGACCAAUGUGAAAAACCUUCCAUUGGUGUUGUACAUGGCAUAAGAGUGCUUAGGAUCCUCUUGCGAACAUUUCAAGUCCCAACAUUAUAUUACACCAAUGCCUUUUCUUUUCUUUUUUCUUUUCAAAUCUGAAAGGUCACAUAAUAACUUGGCAAGUGUACUUUUCUAAUAUAAUAAUGGUAAUGUGAGCAAAAAACACACAGUUGUACAACACAUAUUCCAAGCAUAGACAACUGAUAAAGCAUUCUGUUCAUGAACUUCAAGUUCGAUUUUGCAUUUCAAACUUAUAGUAACAACCAAUGAUAGUUUUCAAUAACGUCAAUAAGAUGACUAAUACCUAUCCACCAUCGCGUAGAUGUGAAAGCAAACCAUUUUAUAUGAACAUAAGUGCGAAGGAACAUAUUGAAAAGCAAAAAACUCAAGAAAAAGCUCGUGCAUAUACAAGGAUCAAAUAGUUGGCCACCAGGUGGAAACUCACUCAGUUGGAAAUGAAGCUUUGUAGCCAGUCACAAAGUACUAUUCUUCAAGUCUUCUGCCUUUUCUGAGCUAAGUAAAAUAUUCUUCAAAUCUUCUGCCUUUACUGAGCUAAGUAAAAUAUUCUUCAAAUCUU